UCGCGACUGGUAACUGGUGACAGUGCCCCGAUAGCCAGAUAAGGCAAGUGUUCCGCGAAAGUGACUCCGAGGCAAAGUGAAACCAUGAGGAGGUGUCGCAACACCCCGACUGCAAUUGUCAUUGCCCCGAUUUUGAUUUGUGCUUCGGUGGUCUGGGGCCAAGAUCUUUUAAACGAUUAUGCUAGUUGCAGCGGGAAGCACCAGAGUCCCACAAGUAGCGACUUAAUCAAUGCCGUGGAUAAAGAAUUUCCCAAGCUGGAGUUACUUAAUUUCAAUACCACACCUCGCACUCUUCAAGUGUCGAAUAAUGGACACACUGUGCUGGUGAAGAUGACUUUCGAUAAGGACAAAGUGCCAACUGUGAGGGGAGGUCCUUUGGCGGAGGAAGCUCCUUUGGGCUACCAGUUCGAGCAGUUCCACUUUUACUGGGGCGACAACAAUACUAUAGGCAGUGAUGAUCUGUUCUAUAGCCAAGCUUCUCCAUUUGAGCUCCAUGUGGUACUUCGGAAUCUGGAAUAUCGUGACUUUGCUAGCGCUUUAGACAAGGAUAAUGGCAUUGCCGUUAUGGCCUUCCUCUUUCAGAUUGGCUCCGUUUCAGAUCGGGGUUAUGAGGGCUUAACGAACUUGUUCGCCCAGAUUGAUCGGAAAGGCAAAACCGCGAACAUGACCAACCCACUUCCUCUGUCAGAAUACAUUUCAAACCAUGAGGAAAUUUACAUUAGCUUCAGAGGUUCUCUAGCCAUUCCACCUUGUGGUGAGGAGGUUACCUGGAUAUAUUUCAUAUAUAGCAUUUAUAUUACGGAAAAGCAGCUAAACUCUUUCCGCUUGCUGACAGCCAACGAUGAUCAUCUGAAAAAAAUUUUGCAACCCAUUCAGACAUUCAACGGUCGCACCUUGUACAAAAACACAGAAGUUUCGAAAGAAGGAUAUAGCGUACCGUUUGUUAAUCGGGAAAACGCGGCUUACUUGUGGGUGAUAAGGUUUAUUGACAACGAUCGUUACAAACUGACCUCUGAUGGUGACGAACGGCGAUACUGCGCCUCGGGAAACUUGGAACAAGCCCCUCCGGCCCAGUUCUAUAUAGAUCAUCAUUCACUUCUAAGUAUAGGUUCCAGGUCCCAGCGAUCAGUCCGCCCCUUCGUGGGCAGUGUGAAAUCUCAACUUGUAGUUCGCACUUGCGGCGUGUGA